AUGGGGUAUGAGGAAGAGAAUGGUGGAGGCAGAGUUUGUCUGGGCACCAGACGUAAGGCAGUUCAACUUAAUGCCCUUGCCCUAAGCAGCUCCAGGUGCCAAGAAUUGGCCAAUUUCUACUUUGGAUUCAAUGGAUGGUCAAAAAGGAUCAUAAAGGUCAGCUACUUUUCUUGGAAGCAGUGUGGCCAAGGGGAGGAAGAAUGUCUCUCAGAUGUCAGCUUUGAGGAGGAGGAGUUCAGAUGCCCAGAACUGGGCUAGCACUUCUGAGUCUCCCAGAAGGCCGGGCCCUGUGACUUCCUUGGGAAGCUCUGCACCACCUCACCCCCACCCCUGCACUGCUGGAGUCUGGGGCCACUCUGGUCUGCAGCCCAAAUCCUGCCUCGUUGUGCGGGAGGCCAGGCUGAGGUUGGA